AUGACGUUUGAUUUGCUCGAAAAUGCCUUUCUUUUUUACCAAAGAUAUGCUAAGGCGGGAGGUUUCACAGCUAGGAAGGGUACUCAAUACGAGUCUCGAAAGGGUGUCAUACAUAAUAAAUGGUUCCUAUGCUCAAAAGAGGGUACUAAACCCUUUAAGGCGAUUGACUCGACUCAGGAAGCCGGUAGUUCUAAUGAUAACUCGAAGUCUAAGAUUACUCGUAGGGUUCCUUCUAUAAGACCGGAUGUGAAGCGUGCAUUCUGGUACCUGCUUCCUGAAAACAGAGGAAUCAAUUACGUACAGGAAGAAGCCGUAAAUGCUUUGAGUGCCAUAAACGUUGGUCCAGUUAGAGCGUUUAACAUUAUGAGGACUCUUUAUGGAGGGUUUAACAAGGUAGGUGCCACGAAAGUUGACUUCAAAAACUUCAAGAGAGACUUAAAUAGGUACAAUAUGAUGUGCGUACCUUUUACCAGCGUUGACAAUCACUAUCGUAAUGUUACCUUGGGUGCUGCUAUAAUAGGUAAUGAAACUGCCGAAACAUAUAGCUGGUUGCUUAACGCAUUUCGGCAGGCAUUUGGGCGCGAACCACCUGUGAUUGUAACUGAUCAAGACCCAGCGAUGAGGAAAGCUAUUCAAGAUACUUGGCCUGAAAUUAGGCACAGGCUUUGCAUGUGGCAUAUAAUGGACAAACUUAUUACUAAGUUUUUUAUAUCUGAAUAUGUCGUUUUUUGUUUAUCGAUGCUGUUUUACUUUUAUAUAAUGUUUUAUCAUGUUGGAGCCAACCUAUGCAAUAGCACUGAUUUUAAGAAGAGGUUGUGUGGUAUUGUUUGGACUGAUGCAUUACUACCCGAACAGUUUGAAACCGAAUGGGGUGUUAUAUUAGCUGAUUUUGAUUUGGUGAAUCAUGAAUGGUUACAUUCAAUUUAUCAUAUUAGGGAUACAUGGAUCCCUGCGUACUAUCGUGAUGAACACAUGUCUGGGCUGAUGCGUACUUCAUCACGUUCGGAAAGUGAGAACCAUUUCUUUGGGCAGUUUUGCAACCCGAACUGUACGCUUGUUGAAUUCUUGGGGCAUUUUGACUCUGCAAUCGAAGCCCAAAGACACGAGCACAGGAAGAAUGAUCAUGAUACUAGGCACACGAACCCCGAAAUAUUUGCAAAAGAGUUUGUCUUAGAACAACAGGCGGCAAACAUAUACACACAAACAAUUUUCUUCGAUGCGCAACUUGAAAUUCAGACAGCCAUUCACAAGUGUGGUAUUGGAAAAUGGGAUGAAAGAGAGGAUAAUUUUGUGAACUUCUCUGUGAAGGACUUUUCUCAAACGUGUGCUACUUUUUUUCAGGUUAUGAUGCGGCAGCUAGAUAUGACCAUGAGUUGUUCAUGCAAUAGGCAGUUCCCUGAAAGGUAUAUAAUGCGACGUUGGACCGGGGAAGUUGUUCCUAAUAGUGCUCCUGGGGAGAUAUUAGGGAUUAAUGAAAGUGAUGAUCGGUACCAGCAAGUUAAUGGUGUUGUACGGGAGAUAACAAGGGACCAUGUUGUCCAGUAUCAAUCGACGGCUGAUUAG